GACAUCUGAUCUCUCCCCUCGCAGGCGGAGGUAUUGUGGGUAGACAGACAGGGUGGAGGGAGAGGGAGGGAGGGAGAGGCGCAAACAUGGCGUUGUGGUGACUGGCUGCUGCUGCUGCUGCUGCUACUGUUGCUGCUGCCAUGGCCGGGCUGUGUAUGUGAGUGGGGGGGAGACAGUGAGACACAGAGAGAGACGGACUGAGCGCUGCUGUGAGGCGGAGCGGAGCGGCCCAUUGUUCCGGGUCGGGCUGGAUGUGUUGGGACGAGCCGGGCCGCGGUGGGUGAGGGCGAGCCGGGCCGACAAUCCCAGCGCCAAGUGCGGUCCAUGGAUAGAAACUACCCGGCGUCCAGCUUCGGAGAUCCGCUGGGAACGGGGCAAGGAUGGAGCUACGACCGGGCAGCGUCAGGAGUGAAAGCCAGCCUGGUCUACGGGGGGUCCCGCAGCUCGCACCCCGACACGGACAUCCUGCAUCGACAGGCAUACGCCACCCCACACCCUCUCCAGGGGUACGCUGCCAACCACCACCCCGCAGGCCUCUCGGGCCUGUUUGAGACGGGCCUACACCACGCGGGCAGCACCACGCCGGAUGCCUCCGUCAUGAACCUGAUCUCGGCGCUGGAGUCUCGGGGCCCCCAGCCGGGCCCGUCCGCAUCCUCCCUCCUCUCGCAGUUCCGGACGCCGUCAUGGCAGACAGCCAUGCACACACCAGGACCGGCAGAGCUGUUCAUCUCCGGGGCGAUCCCAGGAUCGGGCACGUUCCCUUCAUCCUCGGCCCUCUCGGCCUACCAGCACCCGGCCUCGUUCAGUGGCCGCAGCUUCCCAGUCACCUCCUCGCUGUCCCUACAGGACGCCACCUUCAGCCCCAGCUCCAACGGGCUGCUGUCUCCCCACGACCCGCUGCUUCACAUCAAGUCCUCGCAGUCCAGCGUGCCGUCGUCUUUGGCCUUCGACCGGCUGGGCAGCUCUGUCCUGGGCACCGGACUGCCCACCCAGAGCUCGGCCUACCGCACGGCCCAGGAGACAGCCUCCCGCCACCUCCAGUCCCAGUUCAACCUGCUCUCCUCGCCGCUGGGCCCCAGCGACCAGGCCUCGCAGUUGUACAACACCUCUGUCUUCUCCAGCGCGCCCACGGCCGGCAUCGAGCGGGCCAUUCCUCGCCAGGACAGCGUGAUCAAGCACUACCAGCGACCCUCCAGCGCCCAGGCCCAGCUGCCAGCCUCCCACCACUCCCUCCAACACUACCUGAGCUGUGGGGGGAGCCAUGGCUUCCAGCAGAUGCCCCGCCACCCCACCCUGUCCUGCAGCCCGCUGGGUGACCAGUCUCCGGUGGGCAGCGAGGGCAGUCAGAAGAGUUCGCAGUCUCGGCCCGAGCACUCUCAGAGUUACCGGCCCAUCAUCCAAUCUCCCGGCUACUCCUCCACUUCCACCUCCUCCAAGUCCAAGAGCUACUCGGCCUCCAGGCAGGUCCCUCGUUCCACUAGUACCCCCAAGUGCCAAAGUAUCUCCUCCACCGGCCAGUCCCACCACUACUCCUCCGCCACUCCCAAGGUGAGCUCCGUCAUCUCCAGCCAGCCUCAGGCCUACUCACCAGGCCCGUCCCAGAGCCUGCUCACCAUUAGCCAGCCCCAGAGUUACAAUGUCACCCAGGCCCAGAACAUGUCUGCCGUUACCCAGUCUCAGGGCUUUGCCUCCAGCCAGUCGCAGGAGAUGAGCUCGGGCAACAAGUCUCGGAGUUACUCCCCGGCCCAGCUCCCAGGCCUGGCCUCUGUUGCCCCCAUCCAGAGUUACAGCGUUCAGUCGGAGCCCCAUUCAACCGCGGGCCAGAGCUACGUUCCGGCCCACUCGCAGGGCAUGCCCACAGCCAGCCCCUCCCUCAGCUACGCCACCGGUCACUCUCCGGCCCUGUCCACCCACGGCCCCUCCAUCGUAUACUCUUCAGCCAGCCACGUGCAGUCCAUGCCCGACACCAGCCCCUCCCAGAUCAUCCGACCCCUUCAGUCCCCCGGGGGCAGCCGUUCCCAGAGUGUCUCCUCACCGGGACAACCUCAGAAGUACCUCUCCUCUGUCCUCUCCCCCUCCUACAUCCAGCCCUCUCACUCCCAGGGCUUCCAGUCCCCCCAGCCCCCUCUGGAACGCACCCCUUCCUACGGCAAGAACAAGUCCGACUCGGACCUGCUGAGCUCGGAGCGGACGGACGACGAGGACUUCCUGAUCCAGCACCUGCUGGACUCGGAGAGCCCGCCCCGCGUGUCCAGCCAGAGCCUGGGGGAGUGUGAGGACCGAGCGCCCAAGGGCAUGGUCUACCAGAUGUCCAAGUCUGAGGAACGCUACCACCUACAGAGUGUGAUCCGUACCAGCUCCAGCCUGGACAACCAGGUGCUGGAGAUGUCCCUACAGGGUCUAAAGGAGAAGAAGAAGGGCGAGCGGUCCAAGGAGUACGUGCGGUCAUCGUCCGAAGGUUUGGCCACUACCGUGGUCCACUACAGCCACCAGGCCAACAGCAUCGACAGCCUGGCCCAAGACAUCAAGAAGUCGGUGGAUCACCUCCAGACCUCGCACCUGGAGGCCCACGCCAAGGAGCUGGGACAGAGCCACGGGUUCCUGCAGAAGGGGGGUGACCAGUCAUCGCGGCCACACCGCCUGGUGCCCGACGGCUCGCAGAUGGAGCAGCACGGCAUGUUGCAGGGGCAGCAGGGUCAGCAGAUGAUGCUGGACGCAUCGCCAGAGAUGCAGCUGCCCCUAAACCACCCUGCGUCCAGCCAGUCCUCCCAGCUGCUGCAGUCUGUACUGACCCACACGCAGAGCCAGCUACAGGCACAGCAGCAACAGCAGCAACAACGCAAGGUGCAGCCAGCCCUCGACGUACGUCUGCUCGAGUCGCAGCGCCUGCACUCGGAGGCUGCUUCACCGCAGAUGCAGAUGCUGGAGGUCCACCUGCAGAACCAGCAGAUGCAGGGCCACGUCCGCUCUCACCCCUCCCUCAUCUCCGGCGAGCCCCGCUCCCCCCGUAUGUCCGGCGACCGCAUGCAGCCCGAGGGCAUGUCGCAGUCGGAAUCCAUGCAGUCGCAGGACAUGCAGGAGUACCUGGAGCCCGACCUACACCUGGAGAGCCACCUGUCUCAGGGCGGGCAGGUAAGUGCCCAGCAGCACCUGAUGCCCGAAUCCAACGAGUCCUUACCUGAGGACCAACAGCAGGUGGAAGGCAAGGACCAGUAUAGUGCGGCCAGCCCCCAGAGCACAAAGUCUCGCUUUGUCCCCCUCACCUCCAUCUGUUUCCCCGACUCCCUGCUGCAGGAUGAAGAGAGGAACUUCUUCCCCGGCAUGGAGGACAUGUUCUGCUCCGCACCCUGCGGGGGCGAGGAGUACAGCAAGCACGCGGCAGAGGACAGCGGUCAGUCGAUGGACAGGAGCGAGGGCAUGAAGACCAGCUACGACAUGAUCCACUCCAACCAGAGUUACUCCAGCUACUGCCCCUCGGACACGGGCAACGGUCAGGCCGUGCACCUCGACCUGGACUCGGUGUCCAUGAAGUCUGAGCUGGAGCCCUCUCUCCAGACGGAGCCCCAGGGCCUGGGCCCCCCCCACAGCCAGCAGACCAACGUCCCUCCCGACAUCAAGUCUCCCCUCACCACCGCCAGUUUCUGCAGCAUGAAGAACAAGAAGUUCCUCAAGACAUCCUCGCUGCACUUGCUGAAGAAGAAGGACUCGCCACCGCAGAUGCCCAAGAAGACCUACGCCCAGGAGUACGAGUUUGAGGACGAGGAGAAGGAAGACGUGCCGGCUGACAUCAGGCUGAAUAACCGACGCUUGCCGGAUCUGCUGCCGGACCUGAUCUCCAGCUGCCGGGCCCGCACCAGCAUCAGCCCCGUGGUCGACAUCGACUUCUGCUCCGGCAACCUCAACGGCGGCAAGAAGAGGCCCAAGAGGGCGUCCAAACCCAAGGAGAAAGGUCCCCCCCGGCCCCGAGGACGGCCACGGAUACGGCCCCUGGAGCAGCCCCAAGGUCCGGUGCAGGACGCGCCCAAGAAGCGAGGGAGGGGCAGGGGCAGGGGCAAGAAAACGGCAGAGGGUGACAACGAGGGCUUCAAGGUGGAGAAGCAAGCCAAGUGCGGCAUGGGCAAGUUUCAAGGGUCUAAAGCCAGUGACCUUUUACCGGUGGAGGUGACGGAAGCUCUGCCGCUGGACGGCGUUCUGGAGAACAGCCAGACCCAGGAGAAGAUCAAGAAGAAGAUAAAGGAGGUGGAGGAGCAGCAGCCGGAGAUGAAGUCUGGCUUCAUGGCGUCGUUCCUGGACUUCCUGAAGUCGGGCAAACGGCAGCAGCUGCCGGCGACCACCUCCGGCUCGCAGAAGGGCCGCCUGUCGUCCGUCAUCAACCAGGCGUCUGCGGCCAGCUUCGGCCUGGCUCAGUCCAUGCUGUCCGGGCCGCUGGACGCGUCCGAGAGCGACAGCCUGAUGAGCUGCACCAGCCCCUGCAAACGCUUCGACGAAGACCUGAAGAAGAACCUGGAGACUCUCCCCUCCUUCUCGUCCGACGAGGAGGACUCGGUCAGCAAGAACCAGGACCUCCAGAAGAGCAUCACCUCCGCCAUCUCCGCUCUCUAUGACCCCGUGGACCGCAAGGAGACUGACAACCCAGAGAACAUGGCGGUGGAGGACAAGGAGGUGAGCAGCUGCCCCUCGGAGGUUUCACAGCCGGAGCAGGUCGCUCCUCUGUCUCCAGACUUUCCCAAGGAACCGCUGCCAGAGGAGGAGCCGUCCCCAGCCCCCGAGUCCCCACCUUCACCCCCGCCCCCACCGUCCCCCCCGCCACCACCGCCACCACCCCCGCCCCCACUGCCAGAGGAACAGGAUCCUCCGUCGCCGGUCAAGCUGGCCAAAGCCCAGGACUCGGUGGCCAUCUGCGGCGAGACGGACGAGGAGGACGACGAGAGCGGUGGCGAGGGGGCGAUACGCAAAUGGGACGAGUUUGUCAUCAAAAUGGACGACAUCAAGGAGCUGAAGCUGGCCAUGCAGAUGGGCUCCGAGCCCCCCACUAUCUGGCGGGUACAGAAAGCUUCGCUGCAACAGUUCCUGCCCCUGGUACGGGAUGGCCAACGCCACUAUGCCUCCUCCACACAGUACGUGGAGUACCCAGAGGAGGUGAAGAGCGAGUACCAGCGCCUGUACGUGAAGUUCCUGGAGAACGUGGAGAAGCGUGACUACGUGCGUGUCUGCUCCAAGAAGCCCUGGCACCGGCCGCUGCACCUGGCCAAGCGGCAAGACACGGCGGCCAUCGCCGGCGAGACCGACGAGGACGAGGAGGAGAGCGGCGGCGAGGGCGUCUUCCGCGAGCGCGACGAGUUCGUGGUCAAGAUCGACGACAUCAAGGCCCUCAAGCUGGCCAUGCAGGCGGGCAGAGAGCCCCCCCCUGUGUGGAGGGUCCAGAAAGCCCUGCUGCAGAAAUUCACCCCAGAGAUACGCGAUGGUCAACGGCAGUUCUGUGCCACCAGCAAGUACCUGGGCUACUUUGGCCAUGCCAAGAAUGAGUACCAGCGCCUCUACGUGAAGUUCCUGGAGAACGUCAACAAGAAGGACUAUGUGCGGGUCUGCUCCAAGAAGCCCUGGCACCGACCACAGCAGUCACUGCGGCGGCAGAACCAGGGCAAGAGCGCGCCCACCCGACUGCCGGUGGUGGUGGCGAAGCCGGAGCCCGUGGUAAAGCCGGCCCCCAAAACCAAGCAGCGGCCGGCAAAGACCAAGGCCGAGCCCCCCCCCAAGAAGAGGAAAAAGUGGCUGAAGGAGGUGGUCUCGUCGUCAGAGUCCGACUCCCCCGGACAGCCGCAGAGCGAGGAGGAGCGCGUCCCCACUGGCCGUGUGCUGAACACACGGGCGAUGAAGGAGAUGUACAAGAGCUACAUCGAGCUGUUGGUCAGCGCUGCCCUUGACCCCGCCAUGAUCGAGACCAUCGAGGCCAACAACGAUGAACUGUACUUACCCACUAUGAAGAAGAUCGACAGCAUCUUAACAGAACACAAGAAGCGCGUGACGAAGCGAGUGUCUCUCAGCUCCUCAUUACAGGAGGGGCUACAGACCUUCCCACAGCUGGUGGUGGGGGACAGCGACGCUGACCACAAGGACAACCCCAGCAGCUCGGUCAAGCUAAAAGUGGCCGGCACCCCCUACAACAGGAAGACCCUCAACCAGCUCAAGAAGAAUGUACAGCGGCCACAGGACUUCCAAGUGGAGGCGGACAAACUGCAGUUUUACACCUUGUUUCACUCUCUGCAUCACUACAAAUACCACACGUUACUGCACUGUAAAGGACAGACGGACACACUGACGGAGGUGAACGAGGAUCUGGGGCAGGAGGAGAUCGUGCAACAGUGCAUGCGGAACGCCGCAUGGCUCGAGAAACUCUUCGACUCCUUCUGCGAUCUCCUCACACAGGUGCAACAGCAAUGCGCGUGACCCCGGGCUCACUGCCCUGCCCCCCCUCCCACCCACACCCUCUCACUCUCUGUGGUUCCUUCCCCUCAACCCCCACCCAACUCCUGUCUUUGCCCCUUCUGUCUGUCUCUUCCGCAGCCAGAGUAGCCACCGUCCCGGCCCCCAGGGUGGUGGGGGGGGGGGAGGGGAGGAGGGGGGUAGGUAGGUGACUGUCUGCGGUGAUUGCCCCCCCCCCCCCCCCCCCCCUCGUGCCCCCGUCCCCCUCAUUCUCGCCGUGCGUGUGUGGGCGCUGUGUUCAGUGUUUGUCCCAGUUUUAACAAAGCUCCCGGCUUGGCCAUGCAGUCCCCAGCAGCACCCCUGGGUGCCCGAGGCCCAGGGUGGGAUCGCAGCGCAGUGACUCAGACCCGUCUCCUCCUCUCACUCCCCACCCUCCCACUUCACCUCCAAUCCCCCGCCCCCCUGCCCA